AAAAGAAAUGGACAAAUAUAGGGUAACCAAUUGUUAAAGAAAAGAGGAAAACUUGAAGAAUUGGAGCUUGAAGGAGACUGCCCACUGCUCGCCGGAGCUUUUGCCGCCGCCAGUUCGCGUCUGCCGGCCGCCACCUCCGCCGAACGCCGGCCACCACCAUGGCCGGAUUCCACCUCCAUAGCAGCGGCCGCCGCUUUAUUUCCGUGAGAUUCCCCCUUGUUGUUCCCCCUCUCUAAUUGUUGCAAUUUGCCUUCAAUUUAUAGUCCAAGAAGAACCACUUGCCGUUGAAUUUCUUCUAGUUGGCGGGGGAAUCUUAGGGAGGAACCUAAAAAUAAAAAUAAAAUAAGAAAACCCCUAGCCAACACUACCAGUCUGUCAUCCAUAGCUCAGCUUGGCAGGUUUUCACCGCCACGGAACCCCAAGGGCCUAACCGUAAGAAAACUGUCUCUGAAGUACUACGCAGAAACACACGAGUUCUUCAUGUUUCUGCCAAGAAGAAGGAGAAUCAUUUGUUCGCGUUUGCUGCUUUGAUAUAGGAAACACAGAAUCUUCAAUUUUUCGCUAAAUGGGUUCCGAUCUUUAACAUAUACGUAGUAUUUCAUUUGAUUCUCGGAUUUCACUUUUGGUUCUUAACCUGCGUUGCCGAGAUCGAAAAUCUGGCAAAUUUAGGGGAAGGGGUGAAUUUGAGGCCGCGGUUGUGUUCUAAACAAGCCAUUCGGGAGGCCCAAGAGGACGAAGAGGAGUGCAGGCCUUUGCGCAAGAGGCUCUCGAUGGCUUUCAGUAGGGUCUCCCUUUUCAAAAUCACCCUUCUCCUACUACUCAUUGCGGCCAUUACCACAGCUUGCCUCACUCUUCCUGUUGAAAAGAUUUUGAAAGAUUUUUUGUUAUGGGUUAAAGAUGAUCUUGGUCCUUGGGGUCCUCUUGUCUUGGCUGUUGCAUACAUUCCUCUAACAGUUUUGGCAGUCCCUGCUUCAAUACUUACGUUAGGUGGUGGUUAUCUGUUUGGGUUACCUGUUGGUUUUGUUGCGGAUUCUAUUGGCGCGACAAUUGGUGCUGCAGCAGCUUUCCUUCUUGGGAGAACGAUUGGAAGGUCAUUUGUUACCUCCAAGCUGAAAGACUAUCCCCAGUUCCGUGCUGUUGCAAUUGCAAUUAGAAGAUCUGGCUUUAAGAUCGUUUUGCUUCUACGCCUCGUUCCUCUGCUUCCAUUCAACAUGCUCAACUACCUCUUGUCCGUGACUCCUGUUCCUAUUGUGGAAUAUGUGCUGGCUUCAUGGCUGGGAAUGAUGCCAAUUACUUUUGCACUGGUGUAUGUUGGAACCACUCUGAAGGAUCUUUCUGAUGUAACACACGGUUGGGGUGAAUUUUCUAAAACCCGUUGGGUAUUUAUUGCCUUGGGCCUUUUGGUGUCUGUGAUUUUAAUAAUAUGUGUUACAAGAGUUGCAAAGGCUGCUCUAGAAAAAGCGUUGGCUGAAAAUGAGGAUGUCGAUGACAUAUUGGAAUCACCCCAGCUACCCAUUGUGGCAGCAGCAGCCCCUAGUGCAAAUCUCAACCAGCCGCUUAUAAUCAAGAUAGAUCCAGCAGCUCAAGAUACUCACGAGAAUUAAAGGUUCAUCAAAGUUGUAAUUUCUGUAAAUUUGAUCCGUGAUGCAUUCUUCAUAUCUUUGUUUCUAGCUUCUCGUGUGCAUCGGGUUGGCCCUAUUGCCCGAGAUUCUUCUCAUGUACAGUCUCGGAUUAUAUAUACUAGUGUAUUAAGUUUGGGCAAAAAUGAUAGUGCAGAAAUGCUACUGGGAAUUGAAGCUAUUCUGCUGUGUCUGACAUUCUGAACUUGUCUAGUUAAAAUUUACCAAGGUCUGGUUUUUAAUUGAAAAGUCGUACAUUAACUAAAGAGAACUUGCUUUU